AUGAUCUCGAUCACUCUCCUGGGCCCAUUGGGCGUCUUGCUAGCCGGUGCGUCCAGCGCCGUGGCGUUCGACAGAAUUAGCAUUCAGUCUACCGUCAAGGCCGACACUGAGGUCGAAGUCACGAUCCGCAACGACAUCGCCGACGGAGCCAGCUCUUUCGACGCCGGCUUCACCAACUACAACGUCUACCUUGCAACGACCCCGCCGGGCUGGGGUACCGGUCCAGUGUGCCUCUUGGCCAACGGGACCAAGAUCGACGUCACCUCCGUCAAGGUCAAGAUCCCUGCCGACGCCGUUCCCGACUCUGCCGAUCUCAUGAUAACCACGAUGGAGUGGAACUCGGAUCCUACCAAGGACGGCCCAUCGGGUUUCGAGUACAGCAAUGAGUUCACCUUUUCCGGGGGGGCAGGGGAAUGGAGCAAGACCGAGCUGGCUGGCCAUUCGCUGGGCGAAAUGGAUAUGCUCCCGUGUUCUGCCUACGCGUGCGCCCGCAAGUGCAACGACCAGUACUUUGAGGAGAGGGACACGACGAGCGAUGACCUCAACGUCUACAAGAACACGUACGAAUGCGUGGCUGCGUGCCCGGGCACCACCUUCCCUUCAUGGGACUCCGUCAUCAACGACGUCGGCGGCUCCGGCGGUGAUCCGUCGGGAACUGCCUCGGUGCCUGCUGCAUCCGCGACGGCUUCGACGACUACGGCUGCUCCAUCUUCGUCGAAUCCCGCAUCCUCCUCGCAAUCCGGUAGCUCGCCUUCUGAGACUCCCAAUGCGGGCUCUCGAUUGGCCGCGGAGACGUUGGGUCUCACGGCGUUUGGUCUAGCUACAUUCUAUGGUCUUUUCUAG